GGACAGGCACCGUCCGAUUUACGAUAAGGCUACGCGCCAUCCUUUCAUCCUCAGCAUCAGAGACGGCACCGUCGAUAUCUCCGCUUUCAGGCGGUGGCUCAGUCAGGACUACAUAUUUGUUAGGGAAUUUGUCCCGUUUGUGGCAAGUGUUCUGCUUAAGGCUUGUCAGCAAUCAGAUGAUCCAUCUGACAUGGAAGUAAUUUUAGGCGGUGUGGCUUCUAUAAACGAUGAGCUCUCAUGGUUCAAAAAGGAAGCUUCCAAAUGGGAUGUUCAUCUGCUUACUACUGCUUCUCAGAAGGCAAAUGUCGAAUACUGCAGGUUUCUGCAAGGCUUGACUGCUCCAGAGGUCAGCUACACCAUCGCGAUCUCUGCCUUUUGGGCCAUUGAGACUGUGUAUCAAGAAAGCUUCUCCCUUUGCUUAGAAAAUGGCUCCAACACUCCUGAAGAACUUAUGGAGACUUGCCAAAGAUGGGGAAAUGCUUACUUUGGUCAGUAUAGCCACUCUCUUCAGAGAAUUGCGGAGAGGUGUCUGGAGAAGGCAGCAAGUGAAGAAGUUGCAAAGGCAGAAGAGGUAUUCCUAAGUGUUCUGUCACAUGAGAUUAACUUCUGGAACAUGAGUUCAGGUGAAUCUUAAAAUUUAUCUUCUUGUGGAGGAUGGUUUCUCAUGUAACCAGUGACUGCAACACUGUCAAAUAAGAGGUGGAUUAAACAAAGUAAUCUAAAAAUAAAAUCUUAGCUGCAUAAAAACUCAAGUUCAUCUUCCAUUCCUAGUUGUUUUUUUCAUUUUACUGUGGAGAGUACUUCCUACUUCUAGUUUCGUGGAAUUUUGGAGCAUUAUUGAAAACUAUGUUUAGAAAUUGACAAAACUAUUAUGAACUUUGAUAGAAAAUAUGAAUUUAGUACGCUGGAGUACCAUGUUUGGCGACAUUUUGAGGUAAAUUGUUCACAUGACAUGUUGGUGAACAAUUUUGUAUUCAUGUACUUUAGAUAUCCUCUAUAUUUGCUCUCUCCACUCCUAUUUUCAAGGAUAGUUUAGACCUUUUCUCUAA